GAGUUGCCUAUAUUCGCCGCUCCCCAUCUGUUGUGUCUUCCUUUCUCGAACCCAGUCUCUUAUUUUCAUCCCUACUCUAGGGUCUGAACCAUAGUCGCCCCCGAGAUGCCGGCCGUAUCAGAAUCAACAAAACCCAGCCUCAGCAGCGGGCCGCCCGCCACGUCCAUCAUCUUGUCCAUCACGCUGGCCAUCCUCAUGCUAGCCAGCAUGUGCGUGGCACGACGGUCGCGUUCGCCACUACCGAUAAGCGAGAGCGCCCAUGCUAGAGCCAUGGGAGCCGCAGGCCGGUCCAGAGCGCGGAGCGAGGUGCUCGAGGCGAUCCCGGUGGUCAAGUACGGCAGGGGAACGCCACCACCCACGGGCGACCAGGGUCGUGGGAAGGCCUCGAGCCUAACGAGCGGGCCAAGGGAUCGGAGCGCGAGCUUGCUGCGGGCUGUGAAUCCCGCUAGACGGCCCAGGCUUCUCGCUCUGCUGGCGCUGCGACGGUGGUACCUAGACCGCAAGACGUGGGCUCGAUCUCUUUGCUACGAGGCAAAUGCGUCUUUACCAGACGCGGAAGAGGGGCUGGCGGUGGAGAGCUGCGCCAUCUGCACCGAGGACUUCACGCACGGGACAGACGUUCGCCGGCUGCCUUGCACUCACCUCUUCCAUCCGGCGUGCAUCGAUCCUUGGUUCCUCGACUUCUCUGCGACUUGUCCGCUGUGCCGUGUGGAAAUUGAGGCGGGCCAGACGGGGCCGCUUGUUGUUGAGCCCCGGAGAGCAGCGAUAGCAAGAGAAUCAAGGGGUUGAAGAUAGGGAUGGGGAAUGUUGUCGUCCUUUGAUAAUACCGCAAUCUCCCGGCAUCCACCCGAAUCUUCUUUUCAUGACAACUCUGCAUCAACAAAGAAGUCUGACCG